CAUUUAAUGAGUAAAUCCAUUAUUUAUUUUCACAAAAAAUUGAGAAAAGAUGAUAAGUCUUCAUACCCUCAAUCAAUAUGUACAACUCUGAACUCUUUACCUCUCGCUAUAUUCAUGAAAUUCCUGUUUUUCAUCUAAAAAUCUACAAAUUAUCACAACAAACCCAAUUUCCAAAUUUCAUAAAAUCAUAAUCAAAUCACCUUUCAUAUCCCACUCAAUUUGAGUAACAGAUUACAAGAGUGAUAAAAAAAAAGGGAUUGCGGGCGAAUAAACUUUCACGACGACACCAGAAACUUCGAUCUUCCGACAAUUUAAAGGGUUUUGAGAAAGAAAAUUCUGCAAAAAUGGACCUUGUAAAACAAGAGAUCAUGAAAAAGAGACAGGCACUAGCUGAAGAAAGUGGUGGGAAGAAACGUUUUUUUAAGCGUACUGAGGUUGAGCAGAAACGCCUUCAGAAACUGCGUGAGGAAGAGAAACGUGAACUUGAGGAGAAAACCCUUCGCCAGCCGCCGUCCACCACGGCGUCGCUCCUUGACUUAAUAUACUCUGCAAAAUCGAACACCGAUUCGGGGAAUAAAACUGUAACCUUAACUACUGAUGAACAGAAUAAUAUUAAUGAACUGAACUUCCCGAAGCAAGAAGUGAUUCGGCGUCUUAGGUUGCUUAAACAGCCGAUCACGCUUUUUGGAGAGGAUGAUGAGGCUCGUUUAGAUCGGUUUAAGGAUGUGUUGAAGACGGGGAUCUUUGAGGUUGACAGUGACAUAACGGAGGGGCAAACGAAUGAUUUCUUGCGAGAUAUUGCUGAGCUGAAGAAGAGGCAGAAAACAGGGAUUAUGAGUGACCGGAAGAGGAAAAGUGAGGAGUUAGAGGAUGGAGAGACGGAUAAAGGGGAUGAGGAUUUGAGUGGGGAAUGGGAUGGUGCCUCUUCUGGAGUGGAUGCUGAGAAAGAUAUGAAACUAAUGAAAGCCAACUUUGAGGAUUUGUGUGAGGAGGAUAAGAUUUUGGUAUUCUUUAAGAGGUUGUUAAAUGAAUGGAGGCAAGAGUUGAAUGCUGAGAUGCAAGAUAUGGAGAGGAGGACUGCAAAAGGGAAGCAGAUGGUUGCCACUUUUAAGCAGUGUGCUCGGUACUUGACUCCGUUGUUUAAGUGUUGUAGGAAGAGAGGCCUGCCGGAUGAUAUAAAGAGAGCGUUAAUGUUGGUUGUCAAUUGCUGUUUGGAGAGAGACUAUCGAACCGCUGUGGAUUGCUAUAUUAAGCUGGCUAUUGGAAAUGCACCUUGGCCCAUCGGGGUUACUAUGGUUGGUAUUCAUGAACGUUCUGCUCGAGAGAAAAUUUAUACCAAUAGUGUUGCCCAUAUCAUGAAUGAUGAAACUACUCGUAAAUACCUGCAAUCUGUCAAACGGCUUGUGACUUUUUGUCAACGCAAAUAUCCAACUGUGCCAUCUAGAUCGAUUGAAUUCAAUAGCUUGGCAAAUGGUAGUGAUCUGCACGCUCUGCUAAUGGAUGAGCAACAUGGAGGAGGAGGGAGUCAAGAUUCAGAGGAAAGGCUUCGGUUAAUGCCUGGUCCAAGUGACGAGUGAAGAUUGGAUCCUUGUGGUGGCCAGCCAUCUGUUAGACGUGAACUUUUUUGAACCCAAGGUGCCCGCUGAUCGUGGUGAUUACUAGAGAAUGUCAGAUUGUGAGAACUUCUUUGCUUAGCUGCCUGAAUUGCCUCUCUUGGAGUUGCUGUAGCUCACUCUGUACUUCAUUGCAAGAUUUAACUGAUCAGGUCACUGUCUUCACUAAAUCCUGAUGCAUCAUUAGCUUUUAUGUAACAGAAAGUAUCGAGUGAUCAGAUAUGGGGACAAUCUUCUAAUUCUGAUGAUCUUUAUGUUUCAUGUCAUGUAUCUGUUGCCAUGUUGAUAUUUUUGUCAGCUAUAUUGUAAAACCUAUGCCUUUCCGCCCCUUUUCUCGUUUUCUAAUAUAAAUUAUCAGAAUAGCAGAACUUAUUA